AUGUCAUCAACCACCGAAGAAACUCCUUUUGUUGUAUCUUUGAAUGAUAAUGUCCUUGAGAGACCACAAUCGUCGUUAUGGCGAAUAUUUCAUGGAACACAUUAUAUGAUUGGUGCACUUAAUUUCUGCAUUGGGUCUUGUAUGUUUUUCCCUAGUGUUUACAACAAUUAUUCGUUUGCAUUAACUAUCGGUGGAUGGCUUUUUACAAUUGGAUCAUUCUUAUUUUUGCUUGUUGAUUUACAAGAAUGGUGGUAUCAUCGAGUUGGUUGUUGUUUCGAUGGUAAAUAUCGAACAUCGUUAGAAACACAUGCUUCUUCUCUAUUUCGUAAUCCACGAAAUACAUUUCACGGUCGAUAUGAACGAGCAGAAGUUGGAAUAAACUUUUUUAUGUCAGUUUGUGGUUCUGCACUGUAUCUAGCUGGAUCAAUAUUAUUCAUUCCAGUAUUUAGGAACGAAUUAGUUUCUGGUGAAUGGCUUUUUAUUGUUGGCUCAGCAUUUAUUCAUGUUUCUCAAACAUGGAAAGUAUAUCGUUCUGCUUGUACUAAUAUUCACGAUCGACAUGAUAGGCGAUUUCGUUUAUCAAAUUUAUUAAAGGAUAUUCCAGCAUUCGGUGUUGAUGGUUUCGCCGGUAUUGGAGGUGCUUUUUAUUUUAUUGGCACUAUCUUAUUUCUUCCAGCUUUCAAUAAGACAAAUAUGGAUGCUGUUCGUGUUGCAGUUCUAUUCGUAUGUGGUGGUACCAGUUUUACAUUAUCUGCUCUUUUUCUUCAAUACCGUUAUCAUUUCACUCAUCAUGAUUAG